AAAAAGAUUGGAACCGAUAUAAUCGCGCGAAACGCAAUUAUUUGAAUAAUUUUUUUACAACCCAAACAAUGUUUCUGACGUGUCGGAUAUUUACCUUAGCGACCGUUCUUCAGCUUUUAUGCAGAUAAUAUCUAAUAAUAAAUUCAAGCAUGCGCUAACAACUCGAUUAAAAAUGUGUUUGUUUGAUUGUAUCAUUUUGAAAUAAACCGGUAAGGGUGUAUGUAGUUUUUUACUAUGGAACUAUACGAAGUUAAAAAUGCUACAAAUGAAAAUGUACAAGCAAAUUACAGUAAAUUAUCUGAUCAUAUAAGGCGGUUAACACCACAAGGUAUACAGUGUAGCGUUUUUUGUGGCGGGACUAACUGUAAAUAUGAAAAUCCGGAAAAUUGGAAAGCCGACAGUUUGGCCAUACAAGGAAUAUACUCACAUUGGAUAACUGACGAUAUUUUAGCGAUGGCACGUCCUAGUACUAUGGUUAUAGUACAAAAGAAUAUAAUUCAACAAUUUGAAAGUUUAGGAAUAAAAUCGAUAAUUAAUUUACAAUCACCAAGGGAGCAUGCAAGUUGUGGCCAACCUUUAGAAGAAUCGGGCUUUUCGUACGACCCAAAUAUAUUUAUGGAACACAAUAUUUUUUAUUACAAUUUCGCCUGGAAAGACUACGGCGAUGCCACUUUGGUCGGCCUCCUAAAUAUGGUAAAAGUCCUAGCUUUUGCCGUAACAGAAGGACGCGUCGCUAUUCAUUGUCAUGCUGGUUUGGGGAGAACUGGGGUUCUUAUAGCGUGUUAUUUGGUUUAUUCGCUUCGAGUAAGUGCAAACGAUGCUAUAAGAUACGUUAGAUUGAAAAGGCCAGGUUCGGUACAAACUAGAGGACAAAUUUUAUGUGUCCGACAUUUCGCACAAUUUAUACUUCCCCGAACUAUAACUUAUUGUCUCAAAGAAAACAUUAAUAAAAACAAAUAUAUGAGCGAAUUUAGUCUAGUUCGGUUUCUUCACAGGCAAAGAGUUAUACUCCACGGUUACGAAGAACGGACUUUUAAAUUCAUCCCUAAGAUCGUCCACUGUAUAUGCGAGCGAAUUUUGAAACUGUGUGGUUGUUGGAUAGACGAAUUCUCAUCAAACACCCCCCUUACCUUCGAUUUUCUUUACACGAAACUCAAUGGAAAUAUUAAAAGAUAUGAAAGUACCUACAGCUUAUGUAGUACAAAUUCCGAUUCGCUAUUUUCCAACGAAUUAAAGUCUCCUGAAGAAAUUUCUUCGCCUUCUAGUCCAAACCCUUCCGAGAAUGGUGAUCCAAGUGAUUCUUUUUCCGAAUUAAGCACCUUAGAUGGUGAUGAAAUAAGGGAAGAACUUUUAAUUGAAAAUCGAUGUUUUCAAGAGUUGGAAACACAAAGGUGUUUCAAUCAAGAAAUGAAUGACGAAUCAAUAGUUAUCCAAGAUAUAAAUGUCGCAGUCAGUGCACUACUAUUGGAUUAUUCAACGUUAUCGAAUGAGAUCAAAAAGAAAGUGAGACAGUUUCAACUAGAAAUUAACUCGUCACAAGUUGGUUGGUCGAAGCUUGCGAUUGAGACGGAUUUAAGGAUUUUAGCGAUGUUGCUCUUUGAGUGGAUUGAGAAUUUGAAACAUCCUGUCAUGAAACGCGAAUUUUUUGAAAAUAUUGUUAUUAAUUAUAAGCAACCUGAAAUUUGCUUCCAGAAGUUUCCAGCUGAAGAAGGUUAUUUCAUGGAAUAUUUACUCCGAUUUGUCAGUAAAAUUAAUCCGAUUAGUAAAGAGCAUCAAGAGGAUUUAAUAAAAAGGGUAAUAGCCGCAUGUUCCCACCAAACUUUGUUAAUUCAAGGAAAAAUGAAGCCGUUAGAUAAAGGUUUUAAAAAACUGAGAGAUGGGACUUUGGCAUGCACAAUGGAAUUUUUUCAGUCGCUAUUUGAACUGAUUGAAGUACACCACAGUCUUAAAUCAAGUGUUUACUUAGAAGAAAAUAAGAUGUAUAACGAACAUGAUCUUGAGAAUGACUUCCAAUAAAUACAAAUUGUGUGAAAAUCUAUUUUUUUAAUGUAUGUAUUCUUUAAUAAAUCUCCUUAA